UCAAAGUUUCACGAUAGAUCUCAAUGGUUGGAGAUAAUAGUUAGACAAAUCGGUGGUUUAGAUAAUGUUAUUUCAGAAAUUAUUGAACAGAUUCAUACUUUUGUUGUGACUGCACUGCGUGGAAAAUUUAGAAGAGGGAUAAAAAGAAGUAAAGGUAUAUUGUUGACUGGAAAACCUGGAACAGGCAAAACAUCACUUGCUUUGUGUAUCGCUGAAACAUCAGGAUUACCUUAUGUAGUAAUAAAUUGCCCAGAUAUGUUCAAAACUGAUGAGGGUGCUGCGGAGAAAGAAAUUUGUUUAAUAUUUGAAUCAAUGUUACGCCAUAGAGCUUCUAUUGUAAUAUUGGAUGAGAUCGAUACUAUUGCCGAUACUUCUGCUAGUGAUCGUGCAGGAAUAGAAGCAAAGUUAUUUUCAAUAAUUAUAAAGUUAAUUGAUUCGAUUAAUGAAAGUGUCUGGGAAAAUCCAGGCAAAGGUCAGAUAUUUAUUAUUGGAUCAACUAAUCGUCAUCAUGCGAUCAAUAGCAGUCUUUAUCGUCCUGGGAGGCUCGAUCGUAUCUAUGAACUUGUUAUUAAAAAGUCAAAGCAGAGAUUGGGAAUUUUAAAAAUAAUGUCAGAAAAACUUCCAUUUGUUGAAGAACAAAAAGAUUUAAUAUUGCAAAAAGUCAGUAGAAUGACACAUGGAUUCGUUGCUACCGAUCUACAAUAUCUUUGUACACAAGUUGCAAUGCAGCUGGUUAAAGAAUGUAAUAUAAAUAAUGAUAAUGAUUCAUAUGAGGAUCUAGAUAAUCCGCAUAUACAUGUUAGAUUCCAACAUUUUGAAGAAGCUCUUAAAGUUAUCAAGCCUUCAAACUUAAACGAAUUUCAGACAAAG